UACACUCGUUAACCCGUGGACCGGUUCAUACCUAAAACAUUCUCCAUUCAGGCUGCAUAGGUAUCAUUUUAAUCCUUACCUAGAUUUAAUGGUUAGAAGGCAGAAAAAAACAGGGAAAAUAUGCAUACUUUUUUAACGAAACACCAUUUUAAACCACCAUGCUAAAGUAGCUAAUACCUAGGAAUUCUAGCCCCAGAUGUUGGGUAUAGCCUUCAGCCAAUCAGGUUGCAGCAGUCUUGUUUACCCCUGGCUGCAUGCAGUGCACAACACCAGUUAGUAGAAUAAGCUGUUAUUGGUGGUGGGAAAUUGUGUUUCAUACAGGAAGUACACAUUUUCAGUUUUUUUCCGCAUUCUCGCUGUUAAAUGUAGUUAUUGAGGAAAUCGAGGCCUUGCAGCCUGAAUGGACAGUUGUUUAUGUACGAACCGGUCCACGGGGGUUAGGAGUGUAUUGCUUGCUGCAUACAAUGUGUUUGGACGGUAAGAUGAAACCAUCAAUAUCAGAUCAAUAUCGCCAUCUGCCCGCCUUUGGGCUAGCUAUACCUCAAAAUUGUAAUACGCGAAAUCCAGUGCCGGAGUUUCCGGUAUGAGGACGAGAACGACAAGGAGUGUAGCGCAUCUCUCGGAUUCUACCAUAUCUGCUGCACAUCAUCGCUAUAGCAGCCUAUGGAACACGCGAUCAAGUGAAGUGGUUACGUUUUGUGAUGCAGGCACCUACGCAUCGCCAAGCAGUGGGAUUUUUUUAGGCUAUUUACGCAACCUUGAAUAGCCGACCCCUGCUCUGGGCAGAUGAGAUAUUUUUGGUGAAAGUCAGGGCUGUCAUAAAGGAUAUCGGGAAGCUGGGAGUUGAUUAAAACUGUGGACAUAAUCCUUUUACCUCACCAAGAAAUCUCCUCCGCAGCCUAAGUGUCAACCCUACAUCCUGCUCACUGAAGCUCUAUUCCAAGAGAGUGAUCUGGACUUUGUUUGGUACUAUUCAUCAUUUUAAAGCUGACUGCAGAAGUAGCAGUCCUCCCUAAUCACCAGACCUGAUUUGACCAUUAAUAGUUUAGCUCAGCCAGCCAGCUUGAUUCUUGAUUGAUUCUUGAUUCCCUGUGUCUGAUUCAGAGAGGAGCCCUGCCCGUCCUCCUCUCCCCACCACCUCCCCUCACAUUGUUGCAGGAGCUGAGUCUCUGCUGCCCAGGGAGGGCUCCGGACAUGUCCACCAAGGCGCCCAUCUAUCUGAAGCGGCGGAGCAGGAAGGGGAAGAAGGAGAAGCUGCGGGACAUCCUUUCCUCUGACAUGAUCAGUCCUCCACUGGGGGACUUCCGCCACACCAUCCAUAUCGGUAGCGGCGGGGGGGAUGACGACCUGUUCGGGGACCUGUCCUUCCUGCAGGGGAAGUUCCACCUUCUCCCUGGGCAGCAGGGCCACAACCUGUCUCAGCGCUCCUCCAUGUACGCAGAGCCCUUCCAGUUCAGCCGUACUGCCAGCGACAGCGGACACACACCCUCCUCAGAGAGCUCCCCCCUGCUGAAGAACGCCCUCUCGCUGCCCGUCAUCGAAGGGGUGCAGGCCAUCACCCUACCAGUCACCUCUGCACCCUCCUCCGCCCGCCCCCAUCCGCCUCAGAACGCGCCCCCUCCACCCAAGCCUCCCCGACUGCACCUGGAUGACGAGAUCCUGACGCCCCAUCACCCAGGCCUGGACUCGUCUUCUCCCUCAGCACAGGCUCCCAGCAAGACGUCCCAGUUCAGCCCGCCCUCCCCCAGGUUGUCAUCAGGCGAGGAUGUGUGUAUCCAGGACCCUUAUCUGGAUGAUGGGGGCCAGGAGCGCCCCUACCUGUCCCACGCAGGCUCCCUGCUCUCCCUGCACCUGGACCUGGGCCCCUCCAUCCUGGACGACGUGCUGCAGAUUAUGGAUAGCCAGCGCCUCAGUGGCCUCAACGGAACCUGUCUGCAGGGAGGGCGGCAGGAGCUCUACACCUGACCAUGAGAAGCCCUCUGUCCUCUGACUGACCUCCUUGGUGUAUAAGAGGAGGUUCUGACCUCAACCAAGCCUUGCUGGAUUACAAGGCUGGAUUUGUACAGUAGUACGCUCAUAUGAAGUGCUUUUUCCCCCUGGAACUUAACUUCAGGUGCUGUUAGUGUUUUAAUUGAUAUUGAAUAUCUUUCUACACUUUUCCAUGCAAAUUACUUAAUAUAGUAAGUACGAAAUGAAGUGGCCAUGAGCCAAAAGCUGACACUGUUAAAUCUCCUCUCCCCGUCCUCCAAAGAGGAUAUGAAGAAACCGGUGAAAGAAUAUACUGCUGGUCAGGAACUGAGGUCAGCAUGUAUCUGACUGGGAUCAUAUUUGUCAGUGGGAGUGAAAUGGUAUUGUAAAACCUGAAGGUCACAGUUUGAAUUUUUUUACUGCACCUGAGCUGUAGACUACUGUCCGUGCUCCUGAGAUCACAGUUUGGUGUCUGUGUCAUACAGAUUUAUCCAGCUUACAAAGCUGUUCUGGAACUGACAUUCUAUUCAUGGUUGGAUAUACAUUAUCAAAGACACGCUUAUGGAAAGAGGAACUGUACAACCGGGAGGGUGUCUGCCGGGUGGCGCAGCGGUAUGAGUCACUGCAUCUCAGUGCAAGAGGCAUCACUACAGACCCUGGUUCGAUUUCAGGCUGUAUCACAACUGGCUGUGAUUGGGAGUACCAUAGGGCGGCACACAAUUGGCCCAGUGUCGCCCGGGUUUGGCCGGGGUAGGCCGUCAUUGUAAAUAAUAAUUUAUUCUUAACAGACUUGCCUAGUUAAAUAAAGGUUACAUAUAUUUGUUUUAAAUGUCUGCAAGGACAAAGAUCCAGAGUGGUGGAGGAGGUCACAUCCCUGAGUCAGAUGUGUCAUUUUCGAGCUUUUGUUAUUUUUAAUGCAAGAAUGUGAAAGCUGUAACUUUUGUAUCAGGAGAGACAAUGAGUUUUGGAGAGCUCAGUUCCAUAUCUUUUGACAUUUCAGCAGAUCUACAGAGAGCUGCUCAAACUGGCCCUCAUGCUCUGGUAAUUGAGAUUUUGGACACAUUUGGAGAUUAUCUCACCGCUGUAGCCUCCAAGUCUUUGUGUUGCUCAAACUAUCUCUGUACCAACACAGAGAAGUUCUGAAUCAGACUUUUACCAAUGUUAUUUGGAAUUCUUGUUACAAGAUACAGAGAGAGGGUUUUUAUUUGAGCCAGUUUGCUAUAGCAGGAAAAUAAUACUGCAGCAACAGGAAAUGUGCAUUAUUAUGUGGAUCAUAAUUCAUGGACAUUCUUGUAGGGGUUGAUACAUUUUAAGUCUGAUAUUUGUGUAAAUUACAAAUGAAUACAGUACAGGGUAGAGUUGCCAGAUCACACUUUGCUCCAUGGGGUAUACAGUACCAAUCAAAAGUUUGGACACACCUACUCAUUCAAGGGUUUUUCUUUAUUUUGACUAUUUUAUACAUUGUGGAAUAAUAGUGAAGACAUCAAAACUAUGAAAUAACACAUGGAAUCAUGUAGUGUAACAAAAAUAUAUUUGAGAUUCUUCAAAGUAGCCACCCUUUGCCUUGUUGACAGCUUUGCACACUCUUGGCAUUCUCUCAACCAGCUUCAUGAGGUAGUCACCUGGAAUGCAUUUCAAUUAACAGGUGUGCCUUGUUAAGUUCAUUUGUGGAAUUUCUUUCCUUAAUGAGUUUGAGCCAAUCAGUUGUGUUGUGACACGGUAGGGGUGGUAUACAGAAGAUAGCCCUAUUUGGUAAAAGACCAAGUCCAUAUUAUGGCAAGAACAGCUCAAAUGAGCAAAGAGAAAUGACAGUCCAUCAUUACUUUACUUUAAGACAUGAAGGUCAGUCAAUCUGGAAGAUUAAAAGAAUUUAGAAAGUUUCUUCAAGUGCAGUCGCAAAAACCACCAUGCGCCACGAUGAAACUGGAUCUCAUGAGGACCGCCACAGAUUGCAGCCCAAAUAAAUGCUUCAGAGACUUCAAGUAACAGACACAUCUCAACAUCAACUGUUCAGAGGAGACUGCAUGAAUCAGGCGUUCAUGGUUGAAUUGCUGCAAAGAAACCACUACUAAAGGACACCAAUAAGAAGAGACUUGCUUGGAUCAAGAAGCAUGAGCAAUGGACAUUAGACCGGUGGAACUGGUCUUUUGGUCUGAUGAGUCUAAAUGUGAGAUUUUUGGUUCCAACCGUCGUGUCUUUGUGAGACGCAGAGUAGGUGAACGGAUGAUCUCCGCAUGUGUGGUUCCCACCGUAAAGCAUGGAGGAGGUGUGGGGGUGCUUUGCUGGUGACAGUGUCUGUGAUUUAUUUAGGCACACUUAAUGGCUACCACAGCAUUGGCUACCACAGCAUUCUGCAGCAAUACGCCAUCCCAUCUGGUUUGCGUUUAGUGAGACUAUCAUUUGUUUUUCAACAGGACAAUGACAACAACACACUUCCAGGCUGUGUAAGGGCUAUUUGACCAAGAAGGAGAGUGGUGGAGUGCUGCAUCAGAUGACCUGGCUUCCACAAUCACCCGACCUCAACCCAAUUGAGAUGGUUUGGGAUGAGUUGGACCGCAGAGUGAAGAAAAAGCAGCCAACAAGUGCUCAGCAAAUGUGGGAACUCCUUCAAGACUGUUGGAAAAGCAUUCCAGGUGAAGCUGGUUGAGAGAAUGCCAAGAGUGUGCAAAGCUGUCGUCAAGGCAAAGGGUGGCUAUUUGAAGAAUCUCAAAUAUAAAAUAUAUUUUGAUUUGUUUUAACACUUUUUUUGGUUAAUACAUGAUUCCAUGUGUUAUUUCAUAUUUUUGAAUUCUUCACUAUUAUUCUACAAUGUAGAAAAUAGUAAAAAAAUAAAGGAAAACCCUUGAAUAAGUAGGUGUGUCAACUUUUGAUUGGUACUGUAUAUUUUUUUUCAAUAUUAUAUUAAUUAGAAUGUAGCAAUCAACUAGAAAAUGAUAACAGGUUAUUGAUUCUUCACAAACUCAACAAUAAAUGCAUGAUUAUUUGCACCCAGAGGUGCACGGAUUCACUUUGACAUUGUAGAAAAUAUUUUGGAUGACAUAUAAUAUAGAACAUACAUUGGUUCUUUGAUAACGGUGGACCAAUGAUGGUUAGGUUUACCUUGAGGAUGGACCAAUGGCACAAACCGUUUGAUUCCCCGUUAACACAUUAUACCAUAUUGUAGGAAAACAGACUACAUUUGUGCAUAACGCUUAACAAUAUCAUUAUAGUCUCAGAUUACAUUUCUUGAUACUUUGACAAACUCACUAAAGCACUAUAAACCCUUUCCUGCACAAUAAAAUGUUAACAUUUACAAUAAACCUGUUGGCAAGCAUUGUAACAGCAUAGUUCCAGCAUUGUUCCAUGAAUUAUAGCUUUUAAACUGCUCUAAUUUCUAUGUUUACUUUUGGAUAUCAACUCAUCAGGCCAUAUCUAUCAACAUAUAAUGUUCUCAUUCCAUAAAAUCCACCCUGUGCAUCGUUUAUGUGAUUUCUAAAUCAGCUGGAAAAGCACUUGGACUCCAUAGCUGACAUUUUGGGAAGAGGACUGUAUUAGUAGACAUAUGCUUCAACUCAGAGAGAGAGAGAGGAUGUGAUAAGUUGUACUGCAGCACAGUCUGUCCGUAGCCCGAGCCUGGUCCAGAUACUGGAGCUGUCCUGCUGACCGUGGCCAGGCCAGGAUGGUGUUACGUAAGACUGUGUCUGUUUACCCUGGAGCUCUGCUGACAGACAUGCAGCCAACUCCUCAGUACAGUACACCAGCCUCUCCUGCAUCGUGAAAGACUGUUGAUGGACAAAUUUUGACACUAAUAACCUUCACUGGCUUUUACAAUCUAGUUAAAGUCGUUAUGUACAGUAUACGACUAUGUGAACAUACUUUGGUCUUCCUUUUUUAAAGCUGUGAAAUAUGCUAUGCCUCCUACGAUAAUUGAACUCAAGUUAUUUUGACAUGUUUCACAUUGUAUCUAUCUACUUGUCCUGACCUCCAAGUAGCUGUUGGUUGUUUUAGAAAGGGAUUGCAGCAUACAGAACCAAACACAUAUCGGAAUCACCAGAUAUGAGGCUACACACAGGGAACUAUAGGCACCAAACUUAUCAAAGUUUUGUAGAUGUCUUACAUCAUAACCUUAGCUGAUCUUCCAUUUUUCCACAAUAAUGAUGUGUUUGAUGAUGACUUAUGCUGCUAUCAAUUGGUGUAUUUUACGUGCUGGGACAAAUUAUUUACUGGCGUCACAAAAUUGAUUACAAGCUGUAAAUGAAUAAAUGCAAUAUUAUGGUGAGAAGAAAAACGA